AUGUGGGAUGAAACUUUCGCCGGACCGAAGCCGGAGCAUGGCCUUGGCCGCCUCCGCAAUAAGAUCACAACCCAACCCCUUGACAUCAAAGGUGUAGGAGAAGGGAGCAGCAGCAAGACUUGGCCGGUGGCGGCGGGGAGUCCAGGAACUCCGACGACGCCCACGACGCCGGGAUCAGCACGUAAGGAGAACGUGUGGAGGAGUGUGUUUCAUCCAGGAAGCAACAUAGCCACCAGAGGAAUGGGCACUAACCUCUUUGACAAGCCUUCUCACCCAAACUCUCCCACCGUCUAUGACUGGCUUUACAGCGACGAUACCAGGAGCAAGCACCACCGUUAA